GAAACACCUUCCCCACUCACAAGCGCUCAGGAUAUCAAAGCGCUCUGCAUCGCACACUUGGACGUAAUACAAUUGGCUUGGAGUGAAAGAAAUCAGUAUGAAUCAGAAACAUGUGUACAUACUGGCCAUGGCUGGUAUAAUUACUCUGGCGAUUGUCUUUCUCAGAUUGUCGAACUGUGUGCCGUUGCCUGCGGUAUUCAUCGACAGGACACAAUCAAUGCACAGUCCUCAGCCGGCCCCUCAGAAACCAUCAGAGGAGUAUGAAACGGACAUACAAAUAGAAAAUAUGGAACAAAUAAACCUACUAGGGAAAACUUGCAGUCUCACAACGUCCACGGAUCCGGAGGAUGUCUUCAGGUAUAUGGACACCAUCACCAUAAGGUGUAAUACGCCUAUAAUGGCUGGAGGAGUAAUAAUGAAAGACGAGCCCUACAUAAAGAAUGAGAAGUGGGUGUGUUUGGACAAGAAGUACAAGAUAGUACCCGGAAACUGUACGAUCUACUCUUUCGGUAUCUCGUCGGACUGGUCUUUCGAUGACGACAUGGACCAACUCUUUAACUGCAAGGUUUACUGCUUCGACCACACUAUACAUCAGAGAGACCACGAACGUUCAAAAAAUAUAAAAUUCUUUGAUACUGGAAUCUCAUCAGUGAAAAGAAACAAGGUUGACCGCUACAUCAACAUCCUAAAGAGGUUAGGCCACGAGAACACCACCAUUGACUACCUGAAGAUGGAUGUGGAAGGAGCAGAAUUGCAGUUCUUUGAAGACGUGUUCACCCGGACGCCUGAGGUGCUGAACAACAUUAAACAGAUCGGAAUGGAGGUUCACCCUUCGAGAAACAAGAAUUACAUGAGGCGCUACAUGAGGUAUUUCCAACUUCUAGACUGUUUAGGCUUCAAACUGAUGUUCAGUCAAAUGCUUGAUAUAAACAGACUUCUGUACAAGAGCAAUGGCGAGACUCGGUCAUGCUGUUAUGAACUGAUGUGGGCGCGAGACCGGGAAUGGUGAAGACUAGGACGGCACUGAGGCGUAUGUGUGAUCUGCAAAGGGUUGUGAAGAACUUGGUGUCCAUUGGCAGGACACUGAGGAUAUAUUUCUUUUUCUAUGUUGUAGCGAGUUCAUUUGGAAUAUAUUAAUUGGUCAGUAUGUGGAGAUUUCCAUGGUCAUUUGUGCAUAUUACAUCACCCUUCACAGUAAUUAGUGUGUGAAUACUGGUUUGUAAUUUUGGUGUUUGUGCAUCCGUUCGAAUCCUGUGGUCGACUACGUCACCAGCCUAGAGAAACGAGUCGGUACA